AAAUCCUCUUAUUUCAUUUAUCUCUGCCUCCAAAAAUAUUAAUUCAAACAAGAAAAGAAAGGAAUUAUAAUACACAUCUAUAUCUAUAUAUUCCCCUACCAUUAAGAAUCCUAGAAUCUUUUCUUUUCCUUCCUCAACAUGAAAACACCAUUCAUCUUAACAACGUUGUUUGUUUUUCUAGCAUGUUCUCUCUCACCAGAUGUUGGAUAUUGUUUUGGAAUCAACUAUGGUCAAGUUGCUAACAAUUUGCCACAACCUGAAAAAGUUCUUGUACUAUUGAGUACCUUAAACCUCACGAAAACAAGAAUCUACGACACAAAUCCUCAAAUUCUUACUACAUUUUCAAAAUCAAAUAUUGAGAUAAUUGUGACGGUUGAAAAUGAAAUACUUAACCAAUUAGAUGAUCCACAACAAGCACUUCAAUGGGUUAAUAGUCGUGUGAUACCGUUCUUACCAAACACGAAAAUCACCGGAAUUCAAGUAGGUAACGAGGUUUUCACCGACGAUGAUACAACUCUUCUUCAACAUCUUGUUCCGGCCGUGAUUAAUAUCUACAACGCAUUAGCUCAAUUAGGCUACUCGAACAUUUGGGUUUCGACGCCUAGUUCGUUGGCCGUGUUGGAAAAUUCUUACCCGCCUUCGGCCGGGAGUUUUAAAGGCGAAAUUUCGAGUAUGAUGUAUCAAUUUUUGAAUUUUUUAUCGACGACGAAAGCGCCUUUUUGGAUCAAUGCUUACCCUUACUUUGCCUACAAAGAUGAUCCAAAUUCGAUACCUUUGGAUUAUGUUUUGUUUAACCCUAAUGCAGGAAUGGUUGAUCCUAACACAAAUCUACAUUAUGAUAACAUGCUUUAUGCCAUGGCUGAUGCUGUUUCAUUCUCCAUUGCUAGAAUGGGAUUUAAAGGGAUUGAAGUUAGGGUUUCUGAGACGGGUUGGCCUUCGAGAGGCGACGCGAAUGAGGUCGGUGCUUCUCCGGUGAAUGCGGCGACUUAUAAUAGGAAUUUGUUGAAGAGACAAAUGGCGAAUCAAGGGACACCUUUGAAUCCUAGGAUGAGGUUGGAGGUUUAUUUGUUUGCAUUGUUUAAUGAAGAUUUGAAACCUGGUCCAACUUCAGAAAGAAAUUAUGGUCUUUUUAGACCUGAUGAAUCUGUUACUUAUAAUGUUGGGUUUUCAACUCUUGCAACACCAAAAACUUCAGCUUCCACUUCCUUUUCUCUUGCUUCCUCUGCCACCAAAAUUAAGGUAGCACCAAAGGGACAUAAAAACUUGGUGAAUUGGAUGUUUGUAUAUGUCUUGAUUUCUAUUCUUUAUGUGUGAAGACCCUUCUCCUUCAUUGUGGGAUUCAUGUCUAUACACUAAGUACUACAAAUUGGGAUUUUACUUCUUUCAAGUUUCAAAGUGGCCAAAAAAGAAAGACCUAAUUGAAGCAAAGGCACUUUGAGAAUCUCAAGUAUGAAGAUUAUUUAAAGUUACCCUAUUUUGCACAAAAAUAGGAGCAACACACUUUCCAAACAAUUGGGCAUACAAAGAAAGGAAUUCAAUUUGAAGAAUGGAAGAUUAUUGAAUGUCUUUAUCAAGUGGCUAUAGGCACUUACCCUACCAUUAUGUCACAUUCUAACUAUUAGCAUGUGGAAGUGACACAAAACUUAACUUAUUUAGGUAGAUAGGGGACACAAGCCACCUCAUUCUAUUCUUUCAAUGCAAGAUGUUGCAAAGCUUAAACUUUAGUUUUAUUUUAAUUCUCUUAAUUAUCAAUUACCAAGUAUAUAAUAGUUAUAUAUUAUUGAUCAUGUGAAUUUAAUCUCA